AGACACCGCUGCCUUCCGCUCCUGGGACCAUGACCCAGGCGGGGGUCGCCGCCGCCGUGGCCCUGAGCGCGUCACCGGCGGUAAGAAGAAAGCAUAACUUAUAGAGACCAUCUUCUGGGAGAAGAUGAUAGAUUUGAAUCAGAAAGAGGAGGUGCUGGAUGCCAGGAAUCUAAAGUGAAGAAGCUCCGCAAGCCCCUGGAUUCCUCUCUCUCUCACCAUGCCAGAAAUGACAGAGCAUGAGACGCCUACGAAAAAGCAGCACAGAAAGAAGAACCGAGAGACACACAAUGCAGUGGAGAGGCACAGAAAGAAGAAAAUCAAUGCUGGGAUAAACAGAAUAGGAGAGCUGAUCCCAUGCUCCCCUGCUCUGAAACAGAGCAAGAACAUGAUCCUGGACCAAGCCUUUAAGUACAUAACAGAACUGAAGAGGCAAAACGAUGAACUCCUGCUCAAUGGAGGGAGCAGUGAACAAGCUGAAGAAAUUAAAAAGCUACGGAAACAACUAGAAGAAAUCCAAAAAGAAAAUGGCCGAUAUAUUGAAUUAUUGAAAGCAAAUGACAUAUGCUUGUAUGAUGACCCCACAAUCCACUGGAAAGGAAAUCUGAAAACCUCAAAGGUGUCUGUUGUUAUUCCAAGUGACCAGGUCCAGAAAAACAUCAUUGUUUAUUCCAACGGGAGCCAGCCUGGGGGAAACAGCCAGGGGACAGCUGUUCAAGGAAUAACCUUUAAUGUUGGUCACAGCUUGCAAAAGCAAACGGCCAAUGUGGUGCCAGUGCAGAGGACAUGCAAGCUUGUGACUCCUGUGUCUAUUUCUGGAGUUUACCCUUCUGAAAACAAGCCGUGGCAUCAGACUACAGUGUCUGCACUGGCUGCCAACCAGUCUGUUCCCCUUUGUCUUCCCGCUGCCAUUUCUGCUCAAAACAUUCUUGAACUUUCUACUUCUGAAAGCCAAUCAAGUAUGCUCAGUGCCACUGGUGGCUCGGUGGUCACUGUUUCAGUUGGCCCUGACCCUCACCAACAUCGUUCCUUGAAUACAUGCCUAAAUGAUCAGAAUGCUUCAGAAAAUAACAAUGCACAAGAGAGCACCAAAUCAUCCAAGAAAACAGUUGCAUGUGUCUCAGGCACCUCCUCCGGCAGUUCAGCAGCUGUCUCCGAGGUGCACCAUGAAACCAAGGCCAACCGGAGCAUGCAAGGCUUCAGUGCAGAUUCACAAAACACUUUUGUGUCAGUUACCACCACAGUGUGCUCCCAGCCUCCCAGAUCUACAGGUGGUUCUUCUCCAGUGAGUGGAAGCAAGACUGCAGACGCAACAAGUACAGCAACAGCAGUAGUACCGGCCCACACUGCAGUAUCGAAGAGUACCCUCCCAGUGAGCAGUCUUUCUACAAAUCCUUUGGAGGGUAGUUGGACUCUUUCUUGUUCUCUGCCUUCUUCAAGUGUCAGUGCUUCAGAACUAAAGAACAUCAGCAGCCUUACCCGAAUCUCUUCAGCCGGAAACACACAGACAACAUGGACUACAUUGCACCUGGCCGGAAACACUAUUCAGCCUUUAAGCCAGCCACCAUCUUCUGCUGCAACUCCAGCAUUAAAUGAGUGUGAUACCAGCCCUACCCCAAGCAACCACAAGCAUGUGGCUACAGGCAUCACCCUGAAUAAUUCCCCUCCAGCAGAUGGGCAGCCAGUUGAACAAGUAGUGGUGACUCUGCCUUCAUGUCCACCCUUACCUAUGCAACCACUAAUUGCCCAGCCACAAGUUAAAUCUCAGCCUCCCAAAAAUAUCCUUCCCUUGAAUUCAGCAAUGCAAGUGAUUCAGAUGGCUCAGCCAGUUGGGUCAGGUGUCACUGCAGCUCCAGCUAACCAAAAUGUCAUCAUUCUUCAGCCACCCAGCACAACCCCAUGCCCAGCAAUGAUGAGGGCAGAGGUUUCCAACCAAACAGUAGGUCAACAGAUUGUCAUCAUACAGGCGGCUAAUCAGAACCCAUUGCCACUCCUCUCUGCUCCCCAUCCUGGUCCUGUUCGACUGCCUGUCAAUGGCGCCAGUGCUAUAAUAGGGUCUCAUAAUUCAGUGCAAAAUGUGCCGGCCCCACAGACUUUUGGAGGAAAGCAUCUUGUCCACAUAUUACCAAGACCUUCAUCUCUAUCCACAUCUAACUCAACACAGACUUUUUCUGUUACCAUGUCAAACCAACAGCAGCCUCAAACCAUUUCUUUAAAUGGACAGCUCUUUGCUUUGCAGCCUGUGAUGUCCUCAUCAGGAACUACAAAUCAAAGCCCUAUGCAAAUUAUUCAACCCACCACCAGCGAAGAUCCAAAUACCAAUGUUGCCCUGAACACAUUUGGGGCUUUGGCCAGCCUCAAUCAAAGCAUUUCACAGAUGGCUGGGCAAAGCUGUGUACAGUUAUCUAUAGGCCAGUCUUCUAAUCCUCAGACUUCUGCAAACAGUCAAACCAGCCCCACUAGCUGUGUUUCACUAGCAACAACUGUAACACCUACUGUGACAGCAGAUAAUUCAGCCACACUAUCCACUACUUACAGUCUUGCAACAGCUUCCUCAACAAACACUGUCACUUGUUUGCCCUCUACCAUGAAAUCAAAAAGACUGAGCAAGAAGCCAGGUGCCAAGAAACACUUAACAGCUAACAAGCCAGCAUGUCCCCUGAAUUCAGUCAGAGAUGUGGGCAAGAUAGACAGCCCCAGAAUUGACAGCUCAGCAGAGCCAUCAUGUAGUGAUGGACUGCUGGACAGCCUCCCUGUUGGCCUAUCUUCUGUUGCUGUGUCUCAGGCAAAGAAUGUUAGUAUUUCUGUUUCACAUUCUUUGGACAUUCUGAAUUCUGAAUCAGUAAUCCCUGAGUCUGAUCCCAAAUCUAAGUCAGCAGAAGAUUGUAGCUCAUCCUCCCAGGAAUCUGAAACAAAUGAACAGCUUGUAUUGGCACCAGCAAAACCCAAAGAUUCUACUCCCAUUUUGCAAGCGACAUCUCAGGGUACACCACCAUGUUCUGUAGUAUUGUCCAGUGCUACAAAAUCCUGUACUUCAGCCAAUGUGUUGACUCCAUCUCCAAUGGAAUCCCAGAGUUUGGUUUCUCAGGUUUCUGUUAUGUCAUCCACUACAGGCACUUCAAACACUGACUGUAUUUCUGAAGUAGAAAUUGUGGCAGAACCUUGCCCAGUUCAGCAGGAUUCAUUGGACACCAUGCAAACAGCAGGGCCUUUAAAGGGGCAAGGACUAACUAUGUUGCUGUCUGAUCUUGCUAAAGAAAAGGACCUUCAGAGGUCAUCACUCUCAGUCCAGAUGGAGCAUCCUGACUUUUCUCCAGAAAGUUCUAAGAUAGGUGAUUCUAAUGUUGAUUUGCAUCCCAAGCAGGAACUAUUGCUGAUGAGCGAUGACAGAGAUCCACCACAGCCCCACUCCUGCCUCCCUGAUCAGGAGGCUAUUCAUGGCUCUUUGCUCACCAGUAGGCAGGCUGACUCUCCUAUGUCAACCAGCUCUGGCAGUAGUCGUAGUUUCUCAGUUGCAUCCAUGCUUCCUGAAACAGCUCGAGAAGAUGUGACCAGCAGUACAACAACUAACACAUGUGACGGAUGCACCUUUGCAGAGCAAACUGACAUCGUGGCCCUUGCUGCAAGAGCUAUCUUGGACCAGGAGAGCAUUGAGAAGGGAAGGCUUGGCACACAGGCUGAUGUGAAGGAGGUUAUUCCAAAGCCUUCUGAAACCUCUUUAGAGGGAGACCAGCCCUUUAAACCCCAGAUCCACAAGGAGACUUGCACAGGACAGGCAGAUCCAGCACCAGAUGGAUUUAACUCUCAGGGUUCCGUGGAGGUGACAGUCGAUAGGCCUCUUGAAAAGCCAAGCUGUUCUCUUGGAAUUAAAGCAUCAAAUGCCCCUUUACAGGUGUCAGCCUCUCAGCCACCAAGUCUCACCCAUCAGAACAGCAUCAGCCAUCCUCUGGUCAGCUGCACAGGUCUAUCACAGAGCUCAGAUCAAACUUCUAAUCCUGUGACCGUUAAUAUGACUGUUUCAUCUAGUUCUUACGGCAGCCAGCCUCCUGUGCCACCUCUGAUGACAGAAUAUCCCCAGGAACAACUGAACAGCAUGACUAGUGCUAUACCAAAUCCACAGGUUCAAGAACCGCUUUCAAAGCCUAGUCAUGAGAGUCGUAAAGACUCUGCAAAGCGCACUGUACAAGACGAUCUUUUACUAUCUUCAGCCAAACGUCAAAAGCAUUGUCAGCCAGCCCCUCUCAGACUUGAAAGUAUGCCCCUGAUGAGCCGGACUCCAGACAACAUUCCUGAUCAAACUCAAAUGAUGGCAAGUCAGAUCACCCCCAACUCCUCGAACUCAGUUGUCAGCAACCCAGCACAUGGAGAUGGCCUUACACGGUUAUUCCCACCUGGUAACAACUUUGUGGUUCCUGCAUUGAGGCAGACGGAUGUUCAGUGUAAUUCUCAGCCUUCAGUUGCUGAGCAACAGCAGCAAACCCAGGCAGGUCAACAUCUGCAGGCACUGCAGCAGCAUGUACCACCUCAAGGAGUGUCUCACCUUCACACCAACCAUCUGUACAUCAAGCAGCAGCAGCAACAGCAGCAACAAGCAGGACAGUUAAGAGAGAGGCAUCACUUGUAUCAGCUGCAGCAUCACGUGCCUCAUGCAGAUAAUGCUGUCCACUCCCAGCCCCAUAUUGUGCACCAACAGAGAACUCUACAGCAAGAAGUUCAGAUGCAGAAGAAAAGGAAUCUCGUUCAGGGCACUCCUACAUCUCAGCUAUCCUUACAACCGAAGCACCAUGGAACUGACCAGUCGAGACCCAAGAGUAGCCAGCCACAUCCUCACCAUCAACAGCUGCAGCAACAACUGCAGCAACACUUCGCAAGUUCCCAGCCUGAGAAGAGCUGUGAAAACCCUUCAGCUAGCCGGGGACGCCAUAGCCACCCCCAGAACCAUCUCAGUCAGGACGUCCUACGCCAGCAACAGGAUGGCCAUAGCCAUCCCCAGAACCAUCUCAGUCAGGAUGCUCUACACCAGCAACAGGAUGGCGGAAGCAGACAGCAGGGUCCAGCAGUUUCUUCUGACCACGUAUCUGGGCAUAAUCCAAUGCAGAGGCUUUUACCAUCAAGAGGCUUGGAGCAGCAAAUGGUAUCCCAACCAAGUAUUGUGACGAGGUCUUCAGACAUGACCUGUGCUCCACACAGGCCAGAGAGAAACCGAGUGUCAAGCUACUCUGCCGAAGCACUCAUUGGAAAGUCACCUUCUACGUCAGAACAGAGAAUGGGCAUAUCCAUUCAGGGUUCCAGGGUUUCAGAUCAGCUUGAAAUGAGAAGCUAUCUUGAUGUUCCCAGAAAUAAGAGUUUGGCACUCCAUAAUAUGCAGGGUCGCAUGGAUCAUACUGUCACCUCAGAUAUCCGCCUUUCUGAUUGCCAAACAUUCAAACCAGGUGGAGCCAGCCAACAGCCCCAGAGUAAUUUUGAAGUACAGUCUUCACGAAACAAUGAAAUAGGUAACCCUGUGCCAUCACUGAGAAGCAUGCAGUCCCAGGCUUUUCGAAUUAGUCAAAACACUGGCCCACCACCAAUAGAUCGACAAAAGAGAUUAUCUUAUCCACCAGUUCAGAGCAUCCCAACAGGAAAUGCUGUCCCACCAAGGGACAGUGAGAAUACAUGUCACCAGAGUUUCAUGCAGAGUCUGCUUGCUCCUCACCUUGGUGAUCAGGUCAUUGGGAGUCAAAGAUCCCUCUCGGAACAUCCAAGGAAUACACAAUGUGGUCCAUCUUCAACAAUUGAGUAUAAUUGUCCACCAACUCGUGAAAGUGUUCAUAUCAGGAGAGAGAGUGAAAGUCAGAAUAGGGAAAGUUGUGACAUGUCUUUAGGUGCAAUUAACCCCAGGAACAGCUCUUUGAAUAUUCCUUUUUCGAGUUCCUCUUCCUCAGGGGAUAUUCAAGGUCGAAACACAAGUCCCAAUGUUUCCGUACAGAAGUCCAAUCCCAUGAGGAUUACUGACAGUCAUGGGGCCAAGGGCCACAUGAACCCUCCUGUCACAUCCAACAUGCAUGGGGUUGCAAGGCCAACUUUGCCACACCCAGCUGUGUCUCAUGGGAAUGCUGACCAAGGGCCUCCUGUGCGUCAGGCUAACUCUUCAGUUGCCCAGAGAUCAAGGCAUCCCCUGCAGGACAGCAGUGGUUCCAAAAUCCGCCAGCCUGAAAGGAAUCGUUCUGGAAAUCAAAGACACAGUAAUGUCUUUGAUCCAAGUCUUCCUCAUCUUCCUCUCUCCACUAGUGGCAGUAUGAUUCUUGGACGGCAACAACCUGCUGCAGAGAAGAGAGGAAGUAUUGUUCGCUUCAUGCCUGAUAGUCCACAAGUACCUAAUGAUAAUUCGGGUCCUGACCAGCAUUCACUGUCGCAGAAUUUUGGUUUUCCUUUUAUUCCUGAGGGUGGCAUGAAUCCACCAAUAAAUACUAAUACUUCCUUCAUCCCACAGGUUACUCAGCCUAGUGCCACCAGAGCUCCAGCUCUCAUCCCAGUGGAUCCCCAGAACACUCUGCCUUCCUUCUACCCACCAUACUCUCCUGCUCAUCCUACUCUGUCCAAUGACAUUUCAAUCCCUUAUUUUUCUAACCAAAUGUUCUCCAAUCCUAGCACAGAGAAAGUGAACAGUGGAAGUUUAAACAACCGAUUUGGGUCAAUUUUAUCUCCUCCCAGACCUGUCGGCUUUGCUCAGCCAAGUUUCCCUCUUCUUCCCGAGAUGCCACCAAUGCACAUGGCCAACUCUCACCUAUCCAAUUUUAAUAUGACGUCAUUGUUUCCAGAAAUAGCGGCGGCUCUUCCUGAUGGUUCAGCAAUGUCACCUUUGCUUACCAUAGCAAACUCCUCUGCUUCUGACUCUUCCAAGCAGUCCUCAAACAGACCUGCUCACAACAUAAGCCAUAUUUUAGGGCAUGAUUGCAGUUCAGCUGUUUAAAUCCAGAGAGACUAACUAUAAAGGUUUGGGUAAAAAUGACAACUGUUCUUCUGUAUACACAUGUGCAUUGAGAGAGCUUAUAUGGGUAUGUGUCUUUGUAUUGGAUAACCAUUUUUCAGUUAGCUUCUGACUACAAGGAAGCUAUGUCAGAGAGGAUGCAUACACUGGGGUUGUUGAAACAAUCAUCUUUUAUUCUUGUGCGAUGUGCUUUCUCUGAUCUAAGGGAUUUACCUUUCCAAGCUUGAUUUGUAGUCUUUUAUUCCCAAGUACUAAUCAGCCCGAAGUUGAAGGAUCUUGGCACAUGCUGGGUGGUAGGAGGGAGCUGAGAUUUUAAACUCGGUUGUUGAGAAGUUGUAGAAUAGAUAGUCGAGGUGGUUAAAUUGCAAAUCCAAAAGGAAAAGCAACUUGAAAGAAAUCAUGAUUCAUUAUAGGUGCUUGCUGAUGUCAACAUCUAACAGUUCUGAACCAUGGCAAGUAAUGAAUUGAUAAUGAGUUGAAUUCCCAUAAGUAAAAAUAUCAGGCAGAUAGAAAAAUGAAGUGUUUGAUCAGCCUUCAUUCCUGAGCUUUGAUAGAGACUUCUUUCUUAAUUAUAAUUUUUAAUAAACUACCUAAAUUUCUUGUCUUGUUCUUCAAAGUAGGGAGCCACAUUCUCCUUUAAUGUGCCAAGAUUCUGCAAAGCAAAAGUCUUCCUUAGACAAUGAGCCUUAAAAAAUACAAAGCUAAGACAAAAUUCAGAAAUGUUUUCCACUUAGUACUUGGGUUUUGCAUUAGGCCAAAGAAUAACAGCAGUUGUAUUGUGAGUUUCCCUGGUGUCAGUUACUGACUAGUGCUUCAUCAGUUAUGUUGAUUUAGUAUUCUCUCUUCAUUCUAUUUAUUUGGUCUUGAAAUACAUUAAUUUACAAUCACUUAAAUGUUAGACCUGCUCAGUAAAUGUUGUGUUUAGAAGAUACAUUUCAGAUACUUCAGAGUCAAGUUUUAAGCUGUCUAAGUCUUUUCAUUUGCUGAUUAUUUAUAUUAAAUAUGGCAUUGUAAAUUACAUUAUUGUCUUUCAUAACAGUUAUAAUAAGAAAAUGAAUUCAUUAUUUUUCUUGUAGGUAUGAAAUGGUGCUUCACAAAAAUACCUUCACUAUGUAUGUCUGUGUUCAUGAAUGAGAGUAGGUGUGGAAAUGGUUUUAGAGUAGAGAGACUGGCCCUCACUACUGGAGAUGUAUAUCAUAUAUGCAUAUUUAUUUAUCAUGCUGCACAUGAUAGAUUGAUAUAAUCUUGUCUCGGUUGGAAAUGAACAAAUU